AUGGUUCUUAUGCGCUUUGCCUGGCUGGCAGGCUUGAUUGCCUCUGCCAUUGCCGCAACCCCCGAUGAGUGGCGCUCACAGUCAAUCUACUUCCUGCUCACUGAUCGUUUUGCCCAUACUGAUGGCUCGACUUCUGCCAAGUGUGAUUCCAGCAUGGGAAGAUACUGCGGUGGUACUUGGAGAGGAAUCAUCAACAAGUUGGACUAUAUUCAAGGAAUGGGUUUCACGGCGAUUUGGAUUACCCCCGUCACUGCUCAGUUGACCGAGGUUACCCCAUACGGUGACCCUUAUCACGGAUAUUGGCAGCAAGAUAUUUACGGUCUCAACUCAAACUAUGGUACGGCAGAUGAUCUGAAGGAUCUUGCUUCUGCCUUGCAUAAACGUGGCAUGUACCUGAUGGUCGACGUGGUGGCCAACCAUAUGGGCUAUGAUGGUUCUCACACCGACAUCAACUACUCCGAGUUCAGCCCCUUCAAUGACAAGAAGUACUUCCACUCCUAUUGCAAAGUCGACGACUACAACGACCAGGGCAACGUGCAAAACUGCUGGCUUGGUGACAACACUGUCUCUCUGCCAGAUCUGAAGACAGAGCGUCAGGAUGUUCAAAAGAUGUGGCAAGACUGGGUUGGAUCUCUGGUUUCCAACUACUCAAUCGACGGUCUUCGUAUCGACACAGUGAGACAUGUCCAGAAAGACUUCUGGCCUGAGUUCAACAAAGCUGCAGGCGUUUACUGUGUUGGUGAGGUUUCCGAUGGUGAUGCCGGCUACACUUGUCCGUAUCAGAAAGUGCUGGAUGGAGUACUGAACUACCCGAUUUACUUCCCUCUUCGCAGGGCCUUCAGUUCCGUCAAAGGAAACAUCAAGGACCUAUACAAUAUGAUCAACACGGUGAAGUCGACAUGCUCAGACUCAACACUGCUGGGAACAUUCGUGGAAAACCACGACAACCCUCGUUUUGCUUCCUACACUGACGAUAUGGCCCUCGCAAAGAACGCUGCCACGUUUACCAUCAUGGCAGACGGCAUUCCUAUCAUUUACGCAGGACAAGAACAGCACUACAAGGGAGGAAGCGAUCCUAACAAUCGCGAGGCAACCUGGCUAUCGAAUUACAACACAAACAGUCCACUGUACAAGCUCAUUGGCAAGGCAAACGCUGUACGCAACCAGGCCAUCUUUGCCAGCGACAGGUACACUACUUACAAGAAUUACCCCAUCUACCAAGAUGACAGCACUCUUGCUAUGCGCAAGGGCUACGAUGGCUCGCAGACAGUCACGGUCCUUUCGAACCUCGGCUCUGGAGGCAACUCGUACUCGCUUUCUCUGCCUAAUACGGGAUACAAAGCCGGCACUAAGCUGACCGAGGUCAUUACGUGCUCUACUGUCACUGUUGACAAGAAUGGAAAGGUACCUGUGUCUAUGGCGGGUGGAGAACCAAGAAUUUUCUAUCCCACUUCAUUGAUCGGGACGAGUCUAUGUUCCUAA